AUGGUAGAUGAGGAAGGCAAUAUCAUCAGCAUUCUAGAUUGGGAAUGGGCAUACGUCACAACGAAAGAAGAGGCUUUCUCGACGCCUAAAAUCUUCAAUCAAGAUUACGAGUGGAUGCGGAUGGGUGAUAAUUCCCUUCGUGAAGCAGAGAAGAUUUUGAUCGAAUGCUAUUUGCGUCAUGAAAGGUCUGAUCUUGCGGAUUGUGUCCGGCGUGGUAAGCUGUAUGCUCGCUUAGAGGGAAUUGGAAAUUACGACCCGUUAUGUGUGAAGAAAGGGUUUAGAGAAGUAUUUGGUGAUGAUAUCCCGGACGAUUUCCAUCGUCCCGACGAUGACGUAGAUUGGAGGAUAUACAUGAUGAAGCGCUACGAGAACCAUGAAGGAUUGCAGAAGGUUAUGGAGGAUUAUGAAUGGUCGAUAGAGCGAGCAGAAAAUGAAAAGGAGAAAUGGCGUAUCACACAAGUGGAGAUUGAGGCGGAGAGGAAGAAGUGGAUGGUGGAAGAAGAGGAGAAAAUGAAGAAAAGGUUCGAGGAGAUGAAGAAAGCAUACUAUCAAGAGAAAGCGGGAAAUGCCGAGUCUGGUGCGCAGAAAGUGAAAUGA